CCGCCCGCAGACUGCGUCGUGAUUUCGUGCUGCAGCCAGUGCUUGAUCCUCCAAAUCACCAUCUUUAUCUUGUACAAGCUCCCGUGCAAGUUGAUCCGAAAGACGAGAGAGUACACCGUGAAGAAGCUCCAACAGAGAAGGAGAAAGGAGAUGAUAGUGCUGGAUACAUGUAAAGAUGUCGACUUUGUGAGUAUGGCUGGAUAGUCUAUGAGAUCUUCCAUGGAUGCAGGACAUAGUUGCAGGCGUUGCAUGGAGGAGGUGGAGGAGGUGCUGCAGGAGUUGUCUCAGAGAGGAGAGUUUGGAUUUGGAAGCUUUUGGCGUAGGGGAAAAUUGGGUCGCUCCCCAACUCAAAAUUCAUCAAUUUGUGAUCAGUUUGAUACUAGUUUUUUGCAAUAUCACUUGAUUGAAAUGGUGGCUCUCUCAGCUAUUGAUCUUAAAGCUAGGUAGCUAAUCAAUCGCCAAAAAACUUACCAUACAACGUGUUUCGUACGUAUCUUAUUUUUUUGCAUCUCGCAUCACAUAUCAUCUCUCGUCACAUAAUUAAUCGCAUGAGAACAAGUGCAGACUGACGAGUAGUUUCAUUGUCAGUUCCAGUACGAAAAUUAAUCCCAUAUGCAUAUAUAUGAUAUCUCUUGAUACAAAUCGAAGGCUUAGAUAUCCUUAUCUUACUUCUCGAAUGUAAUGACAUCAUCCUUAUAAAUUUCAAAUAAAUCUUUUGUUUUUUUUCA